AUGGCUUAUUCAGAGACGAUCUCCCUGGCAAUUGCUGAGGGUGCCAAGUUAUAUGCUAUCAAGCAAUAUGACGAAGCUGCUACCAAGUAUGCUGAUGCCUGCGCUGCUUAUAAUGAAGAGCACGGUGAGGACGACGCUGACUUGCUUCUCUUGUAUGGUAAGGCUCUCUUCCAGAGCGCUGUCUCGAGAUCAGGAAUGUUAGGUGGUAUUGGAGAAAACGAGGAGGAGAAUCAGGAAGAUAAAGAGACCGAGGAGAACCAGGAUGAUGGUAACUUUCACUUUGAGGACGGAAUUGCUCCUGAGGUGGAUGAUGAUGAGAAUGCUAAGGAGGAGGAACAGGAGGAAGAGCAGCCUGAAGAAAACGAAGAACCGGAACAAGGUGAGGAACAAGAGGAAGCUGGCCCAGACCAAUCUGAUUUCGAAGUUGCAUGGGAGAUUCUCGAGCUCACGAGAUCUCUUUUCGAUAAUAAGCUUCAAGAACAGUCCUCUGAGGGUCUUGAAACGCCUUACUUGAAGGACGCCGAUGAAACCCCUUCGUCUGAAUACGUCAGCACAGCCAAGAAAUUGUCUGAGGUUUAUGACCUUCUAGGUGAGGUUUCUUUGGAAGCAGAGAACUUUGCCCAAGCUGCUACUGACUUGCAGAGCUGUCUUGAAUUGCGCCAAAAGCUUUACCCUAAUGAAAGUGGCUUGAUUUCUGAAUGUCACUACAAGCUCUCCUUGGCUCUUGAGUUCAGCCUUGCUGAUGACCUGAGAGAGCAGGCCACUGAACAAAUGAGACUUGCAAUUGACAGUGUUAAACUGCGUAACUCGAAGGAAACCGACGAAGAAAAGAAAAAGGACAAUGAGAACUUGUUACGCGAUAUGGAAGAAAGAUAUAAGGAGCUCAAGAAGAGCCCUAAGGCUGAUCUUCAGGCUCAACAGAUGGAUAUCAUCAAAGGUAUAAUGGGAGAGGCCGUGAGCGGUGCAACUGAGGGUUCUAGCUCUGGUGCAGCCAAGGCUGUUCAAGACCUCACGAAUAUGGUAAAGAAGAAACCUGCUGUGAACGAUCUAUCCUCCAUGGUUAAGAAGAGAAAAGCUAAGCCCGAUGAAUCUGAGUCCAAGAAGCCCAAGAAAGACUGA